AUAAUAUCUACCCUGCCAUGUGCCUGUUGGCUGAUGUCUAAAGCUCAUCUGGUGCUUUACCUCGGGUUCUUUCAGGUGUCGGUAACACCCGUAUAGGCUAUAGACAUCGUUAUCGGCAUAAAAAGUGAUUUGUUUGUCAAGACUUGUACAGCUUAUCUAUGAAGUGAUGAAAAUCUUAUGUGGCACAGCUCCAUUGGAAAUGUGAUGCAGUUUCCUUGUUAGAAUACUGCAACGAUCGCAAGAGAAAAGAUGGAAAAGUACUUGUUAGUCGCUCUUGCGCUAACCAUCAGCCUCUUUCAGGUUGGAAAUUGCGGUGUCGUCAAACAAUCGGGGAAAAGAAUAGCACCAGGGGGGAUAGUUUAUUCGGAGCAACGCAAGGAAUUUACCUGCUCAGGAGGUGACGGCUACUAUGCAUCCCCUGGCGAAUGCACGAAUGUGUACUACUAUUGUGAAAAUGGCCUUGCUGAAGCUCAGACAUGUCCAGAAGGUGAAGUGUUCGACCCGGUCACUUUCGUUUGCAUUACUUCUAAUCAAGCUUCAUGCAAUCAAGAAUUCGACUGCCCUUCUGACGGCAUAUUUCCAUACCCUGAUGCCUGUACCAACUUGUAUUAUAUAUGCAGUGGUGGACAGUUUUAUAUUGAGUAUUGUCCCGAAAACUUUGUUUUCGAUCCGAUAACUCUGAAGUGCGUGCCAAAGGGAAGUGCAUCUUGUUCGCCCACUACCACAGAAUUACCCACAACUGUAACUGAGACGCCAACGACUGAAGCUGAGGCGCCAACAACUGAAACUGAGGCGCCAACGACUGAAGCUGAGGAGCCAACGACUGAAGCUGAGGUGCCAACGACUGAAACUGAGGUGCCAACUGAGAUCUUCUUUAUUAUGGAACCGUUACAGCCAUAUAAGAUGUUGACAUCAACCAAAUUUACUUGCCCCAGUGAUCAACAUGGGCUUUACGCAAAUACCUGUACCACAUACUACGAAUGUAUAGCUGGUGUGCCGUACCUACGAAGCUGCCCCAAAUGCACCGGCAUUCGUUUGCUUGGGUCUUUACCGACCUGCGCUUACCUUUACGACAACGAUCCUUGUUAUUCUGAAAACACCUGCCCCUAGCUUUGCGAGUAUGCCAGCCAAGGUAGAGGGCAGCCAUUCCCACUGAACUGGAACUCCGCAGAGAUGGCAUAGUUGCAAAUGCGUAAGAAAGAUGUGUCUUAAUUUGGUUUAAUAUAACGAAAACAGUGCUGUUACCGCACCAACCUAAUUUAUGGUUUUUAACGUUUAAAUAAAAAACUAUAAGACCAAUAGAAAAAUAAACCUGAUUUUCGUGA